CAACCACAAAUUGUAGAUAUCAGUGGUACAGGUGCUGCGAAACAUGUAUUGCGACAAUGGAACGGAGCUAACCACGAGCACGAAUUCACAUUUACACAUCAUAAAUCGCAGCAGCGGCAAGAAUUGCAGCACAUCCUCAACAGAUUCGGGCGUCGGUUUGGUUGACAAUGCAGCAACAUUCAAGGCGGGGCCAACGACCAAAGAGAGCAGCCCGAAGAGCGGCAGCAGAAACUGUGAGGCAACCACAGAGCCAGCACAAACGAAGGCGGAAGCCACGACACAAAAUCAUAUCAGCAUCGAGGUCGAGGCGACGGUAAACAUCAGCAACACUGCAGCGACAGCUGCCUAUCGGCCGAAGAAAUCAUCACCUACACUCUCGGUGCGCAGCACCACAAUCUCCAUUGUGUCCAUCGAUGAGAAUGCCAUCGACUCCAGCUGCAUUGACAGCGACUCCGAGGCGGAGCCCGACGAGAGCUGCACGGUGCAGAAGCUGGGCCAGCAGAUCACCCACCCGCCACACAGCGCCGAGCUGACGCAGCUCAACAAGGGCAUGACGGUGAUCAGUCGACAGGUGCUGCCCACGGGCGGAGCUGAGGCGGCUGGCGCGCAGCCCACGCCACCCGAUGUGGUGGCCAAGCAGCUGCUCAAUGGCAACCUCAGCCUGGCCACGCCCACAGCGCCAGCAGCGACCCAGCAGAUUGGCAGUAUUGCACUAAGCAACACCACAGACGUCACAUUCGGCGACAAGCACUACUACGAGGGUCCAGUGACGAUACAGCAGAUACUGAUCGAUAAUCGCGAGAAGUGGAAAACCCAGGAUGGUGAGACGGGCGGCCAGAAUCCUGGAUUCAAUGCGCAGGGCACGUCCAACGGCAAUGCUGCAGGCGGCAAGGUGAAUGAGUCCUGCAAGGAGCCCGUUCUGUGUCCAUUUCUGCCAAGCAGUAUCACAAUGAAGGCUGUUUUCAUAACGGCUGCAUUUGCCCUCUUCACUGUUGGCCUGCUCGUCGUCUUGGCCACGACCACAAAUAUAUUUAGCAAAUCGUUAAGUAAAAGUAAGCUUGGUGACGGCGAAGACUCAAGACUAAAUAUUCCAAUCAAUUCAAAAAUAGAUGAUGAGAACAUUGGUGGUGGCUUGGUGCUGCGCUUUGUGCCACGCGCUGUUUGGCUGGCCCAGCCGGCGCAGAGGCAACUGCCACAGCUCAGUCUGCCCGUGCCCAUGGUGAUAGUCUUGCCGACCAACUCGGAGAACUGCAGCUCUCAGGCUCAGUGCGUGUUUCGGGUGCGCUUCCUGCAGACCUUUGAUAUAGAGUCGCAGCAGCGGGACGAUAUAGCCUACAAUUUCCUGAUUGGCGGCGAUGGCAACGUCUACAUUGGCCGUGGCUGGGAUACGGUGGGAGCCCACAUGAAUGGCUACAAUACGCGCAGCUUGAGCUUCGCCUACAUUGGCUCCUUCCACAAGCAAAAGCCGUCGGCCAAGCAGCUGACCGUGACGCGCCUACUGCUCGAUUAUGGUGUCGAGCACGGCAAAAUCAGCUCCAAUUAUCAGCUGGUGGGUGCCAGCACUUUGGCGCCCACAGUCACCGAGUACAAUGCGGAGCUGCUCUACCAGAGCUUUGCCAAUUGGACACACUGGACGACGGCCACCUGAACAAUCCAAAAACUACAAAUUAUAAUUGCACUCUCAUGACUGGUCAUAUUAUUCCCCUCCCCAAUCUAAUUGUGUGGCAUAUUUGCUAUGUACUAGUCGUAAGCUUUCUAUUUUAAAAUGAAAUUAUGAAAUUAUUAAUGAUGAA